AUGGAUCCAAAGGGUGUCAAGCCAGAAGAUUUCUUUACUGCAAGGCUCAACAUUCCAGGAAACACUAAUAAUCCAGCCUAUGAUCCUAGUCCUCUUCAGGACUUCUGUGUGGCAGUAGAUGAACCCCACAAAGCUUUGUUUGUGAAUGGGAAGUUUUGCAAGGAUCCAAAGGAAGUCAAUGCGGAUGACUUCUUUACUUCGGGGCUCAACAUUGCAGGAAACACUGAUAAUCCAGUUGGUUCCAAAGUAACAGCCGUCGAUGUUAACAAAAUUCCUGGACUCAACACUCUUGGAAUAUCGUUGGUUCGCAUUGACUAUGCACCAUAUGGUCAGAACCCACCUCACACUCACCCCCGCGGCACUGAAAUCUUGGUCGUCGUUGAGGGAACGCUCUACGUUGGGUUUGUGACAUCCAACCAACAAGAUGGCAAAAACCGCCUUUUCACAAAGGUUUUGAACAAGGGAGAUGUGUUCGUGUUCCCAAUUGGUUUGAUUCAUUUCCAGUUCAACAAAGGACACACCCCAGCAGUUGCCUUUGCUGGUCUCAGCAGCCAAAAUGCAGGAGUGAUCACCAUUGCAAAUGCUGUGUUUGGUUCAGACCCUCCCAUCAACCCUGAUGUCCUAGCCAAGGCCUUCCAAGUUGACAACAACAUUAUCAACCUUCUUCAAAAGCAGUUCUGGUAUGACAACAAUUAAAGAAGCUAAGAUGCU